UUCCCAGCCAAACUCUCAGGUCUAGAGAAGGGCUUUUUUAUUUUUUUAGUGUUUUUCUCUUCAACUCACAAACACCAUCUGAAGCAGCAAGAUUGCACUGAAUCCUGCCACUCCAGUGCAAUGACCUCACUCCGCCUGUUUGCCUUGUUAUAUUCCCUCAUCGCCCUACAAGUCUGUUUUUCCAGCCAGUUGGAAGACAAUAAAAUCCCUCCCAGUCUGUGCACUGGCCACCCUGGCAUCCCGGGCUCUCCUGGGGUUCAUGGCAGUCCCGGUCAGCCGGGAAGAGAUGGAAGAGAUGGGAGGGACGCUGCUCCGGGAGAGAAAGGCCAGAAGGGAGACAGGGGGGAUCCAGGUGAGACGGGGAUGCGAGGCCUAACUGGAGAUAAAGGUUACACUGGAGAAAAAGGGGAGAGGGGCCAGCCAGGAGAGUGUGCAGUGGCUCCUAAAUCAGCUUUCAGUGUCAAACUGUCUCAGGGUCAGUCUUUACCUCAAAAUGUUGGCGAUGCCGUCAUCUUUGACACAAUCCUCCUCAACGAACAGGGGGAUUACAACACAGAGACAGGACGCUUUACCUGCAAAGUCCCUGGAGUCUACUACUUUGCGGUGCACGCCACUGUGUAUCGCGCCAGCCUGCAGUUUGACCUGAUGAAGAACGGUCAUGCUGUGGCGUCUUACUUUCAGUUUUAUGGCAACUGGCCCAAACCGGCAUCUCUGUCUGGCGGCUCACUGCUGCACCUCGUCCCCAGCGAUCAGGUGUGGGUCCAGGUGGCUCUUACAGAGUAUAAUGGGUUUUAUUCUAGCACCAAGACUGACAGCACUUUCACUGGCUUCCUUGUCUACUCAGACUGGAAAAACUCUGCUGUUUUUGCAUGAGGUGUCUGUAAAACAUUCAUAAAGCAAUCCCAAAGAGGCAGAUGAAAAACAAACUCCUUUAGCCUUUCCUUUAUUGCUUUCUGUGGUUGAGGAGCUAAAGUUGAAGGAAUUAGCUGAAACAGCUGCAGUAUUUCUGUGUUUAACUUGUAUAUAUCUACAGAUGAUGUGUCAAAGACGCUGAAUAUUUCUGUUUGUUCUGAAUCUGCUAAACACUUCAAUUGGUGACAUUUAUUUCUUCUCACAGAUGUUGCACAUUGGCUUCUGGAUAGACGCCGGCCUUAGAUUCAAGUAGCUGUCAUGUCAUCGCUGCACUGUGUGCAGUGAAACAUUAAUAAAUCUGCAGACCACAUAAAAGCCUCUCAUAUUUUUGGCCAGAUUUUAGGGGAGAAAGUGAAAAAGGAAAAUAGUUUUCUGAGUCAUUUUAGUAUAACAUAAGCACAGCAGGUCUCUGAAUGCUUUUGUUUGCAAACUCAAACCUUUCCCGACUCCAAUCAGCAGAUUUCUCUGUCUGUUUUGGUUUAUUUCAAGAAUAUAAAACAAAAAGUUCAGCUUGACUUAAUAACAGAUAAUUCGUUACUCUUGUAACCUAACUAUAGGUUUCCACAAAUGUUUUCUAUUAUUCUGUUUUCUUUUUAUCAUAUUAUCAAGACUUCUCUAAUGUCCUUUCAUAUGGAAGACCUAGAGAGUCAUUAAAACAGAAAAACAGCCACUUCAAAUGUAACAUUUAAAUCAUGCUAUUUGAAAAGCAUUUUCUAAUUGCGCGUUUUGUAUUUAUGAAUUUGUAGCACACUGAGGGUCAUGGAAAUGUUAAAUGGAGAGGGGAGGGCAAAAGGAGAAUGCAAUUUCCAAAAGGAUUUGAAAAUGGAAGAUAAAAAGAAAUGAAAUGAGGAAUAAUAUUUUUAAAUGUGUGAUUAGGAGAGGUAUUUGUUUUUUAAUAUUCAAUAUUAAAUUCUGGCAUUUAAUAUUGGAUUAAUAAAUACAAUUUACAACUCCUGUUUAAGAAUUCAAAUUAAAAUGCAUAAUAAGAAAAUGCUUUGAAAUUGGAUUUCAAGUUGCAUGAUUUAAAUGUUACAUUUGAAAUUACUGUUUUUCUUUUUCAAGGACACUCUUGGUCUUCCGUAUUUUUACCAUCCUGGAAUAAGAAUCUACUUCCCAACUUUAAGCUAUUCAAAGCGCAGAGGCUUGACUUCGUACUAAAUCUAAAAAAUAAACUCAUAUCAGCAUUCUUAGCACCUUAUCUCACCUUUAUAUCUCAAUAUAUGACCCGGCUCCUGAUUAUGUGUCUCAGCUUUAAACCAAACACACAGAAUCAUAGUCUUCCAUACAAAACUAAGAAUAUCCGUGUUAAAAACUAAGGGGUCUUCAUCAUGUGGCUCCUCCACCAGUGAACUGUUUAGCUCUGCAACUUGAUCUGUGGAGUGAUUUAAAAACCUAACGAAAA